AUGCGGCCGCCGGGACGGCAAAGGGGUGCGGCGGCGGGGGCCUUGAUGCUGUCGUUGUGCUCAGCCUUGUGUGCUGUGGGAACCUUGGCGGAGGGUGUCACCCCGUCGGAAGCUUUGGAACUCAGAGAAGAGGUUUUGGCGACCGAUCUCUUUGCUCUUCUUCCUCUUUAUUAGCUUGCAAGUGAAGAAAAAAAUGGAGAAUUCGCGGACACGCGAGUUAUUGCGGCGGAUGCUUCGUGGGAGUAGAGGUCGCGUCGGAUUCAGUCGUGGUGUUGUUUGCUUCUAGCAUUUAUUUGGUCAAUUAAAAUUAAAGUGUCGAUGUAAUUCGGAAAGGUGAAAGCACUCUUCCGUUUUCUUGCCAAUGAUGUGUUGAUAGUUGUGGUUUCUUUCAUUUCUCACACCAAAUGAACAUUCUUAUGGACCAUAUGUUGUGCUGAAGAAAAAUUACCAAGCUAAGACGUCACGGUGGGGGGGUGGGGUUCUUGCCUGUGAAAGGAAAAUUAGAAGAGAAGAUUUCGUCAAUUUUACCUUCCAAUACAGCAGCAGAUCUCAAACUUACCUUCAUUCAACUGAACUGAUAGGAUUGGAAAAAAAACCACUGUUUCCAACGGGUGCUGGGUUUUCCAACCUGGUUUAGGUUCUCAAAUCUUUCCUCUUCUGCCAAAGUUACAGUACAAAAGGGUUUUAACUUAUGCUAGUUCAACAACAAAAAAAAUAAUUUUUAUGGGGAAUGCAUAAGCGCAACUAUUUUUAGAAGUUUUCCAUUUAAGACCAUAUUUUCGAUCAAUGAUCUUAUCUUCUUCACCGUAUUAUGUUGGUCCGAAUGACAGUUGAUAUCUGACCUGAGCCUUCCGCAUUUCUGAAAAUAGAAGAUGGUUUGUGUACGGUUUUUUCUUAUAUAUGCACCCAUAUACGCAUGAAUAGUUCUCAAUGAUGAUGAUGAUGAUGAAUUUGACCGUUUUGCAGUUAUUGAUCCUUGGGAAAACAGAUAUUUGCGUGAAUAACUAUGCAUAUGCAAGUUUCUAAUUUGUGAAUUGCCAGACGAAAACAUUUGUCUUUCACACCUGUGCCCUAGGAUAGCCAUGAAAAUAUUUUGCCCAGCUCAUGCAUAUGAUAAUAGAUGAUCCAUCAACAGUGGCAGCUUUGGUUACAUCCGUGCCCUCCUCAGGGUUCUCAUGUUGCUUCUACAGUCAUCGUCUUGUAGAGUUCAGUUUAGCCACGUGUAACAGGAAGACGGCAUCUAUGUGACCAUUUUUUCAGAUACUCGAGUAUUCAAGUGAUUUUUUUUGUGAAACUAUGAUCCCUAUUUUUGCUAAAAGCUGAUUGUUAUUUUGACGGUCGAUAUGUUUCCUUUCAGAAGCAAGAUAGUUAUAUUAUCUUCUGUUUUCCUUUUUAGGUUCGUGAGAUGUUCUACCAUGCCUUUAAUGGGUACUUGCAGCAUGCUUUUCCCCUUGAUGAACUAAGACCUUUUUCCUGCACAGGAGAGGACACACUCGGUGGUUAUGCUUUGACUCUGGUAGUCAUUUUCCUAUAUCUUCUGUUACGGUGAUCAAUAUUUAGUGAAAAAUUAUGAUUAUCUUUUCCCUGUUUCGCCAUCCAACAGAUAGAUUCCCUUGAUACAUUGGCUUUACUUGGGGAUCGGGAGCAAUUUUCUGCAUCCAUUGAAUGGAUCGGGAAAAAUCUUCGGUUUGGCAUUGUGAGUGAUCCUUGGCGCAAGAAGAACGGGUUGAUCCGUAUCAUCUUGACUUGGUUCUGCUUCCUCUCCUUUUUUUUUUUAACAAUACCGAGUCGGGUUCUUCUCCUGCCAGUAUCGAAUAUAACAGUUUGGCAUUGUGAGUGCUACAUUAACGUGAUACAAACAUUUUUCUUUAUCAAUAUUUUUUAGUCUUCUUUUAUGCCAGCAUGUUUUCCAAGGGUCCGAAAAAAAUGAUAUCAUUCUUUGAGGGAUUUCAUUGUUUUAGUUCGUAAAUUUUUUAUGAUUUUGAGGAAAGUGUGUUGCUCUUUGUGAAUAAUGGCCACCUAUCAUGUAUUUUCAGCCAUACCUGGCUGUAAAAUUAAAUUAGUUCUUUAUUGAUAUUCUCUUAGAUUGUAAUUCUCUUUGAUCAAAUACCGCUCGUUAAAUGGCAGGCUUAAAUUUUUUAAUAUUUAUAGAAUCUUACUAAGAGAUGAUAUGUUCUUGAAUAUCAAAGAUUGCAUCAUAUAGCUGGCUCAGGUUUUCGUGGUUGGGCAGCCUAGACCUAUGUUGGUACUCAGAAGUUGAAAAAACUGAGUUGGGGUGGAGCCUAUCCGCACAGUUGAGAUGCUCAUUAUUUUUAGUUUUUAACCAGAUCGUAUCGCUUUCAAAGGGGACAAUAUUUUGCACUUUUUUGCCACAGAUGUUGCAACAGUUUUGUGGUCAUUGAAGUUGAAUACAGGGAAGGAAGAUGUGGAAAAGAAAGAGAGAACAUGAGUAGCCUCACGUAGCCAAGCCUAGUCUUGAAGGGAAUAAUCUCAUCUCGUAUAAAAUCCUCAUAACCUAGGUAAGAGAAUCGGGGUUCCAGAUUAGUUGUUUAAGCUUCAUUAGAAUGAAGCAAGCUCAAUGCAUUCCAAAGUAAGUAGGAAUAGGUAGAACUAAGGAAUGGGGAAAUAAAUAAAUAAAAAUUAUUAAUAAUGAAUCCCAUGACAUUAAGUGAGACUGUCUAUUUUGGAAGAUUUUCCUUGUUUGUGUUCCCGUCUAAUCAAAUUUAAUUUUCUAAAUCUAGGCAGCCUUACGGUUUUCUCUCAAAAGUUUAAUUCCGAAAAUGUUUCAAAAACAACUUUCAAUAACUAAGAUAUUUUUCGAAUAAGUCAUGAUGAUCUUGAUCUAACUUCUAAAAGCUGAAUUUAUGAUGCUAUUUAGUCAUUAUUAAACACAAACGAAACCUAAGAUUUAUACUUUUUGUGGCUGAACGAAACCUAAGAUUCUCUGCGGUGGUUAAAAUUAUAGAGAAUAAUCUUAUGCUCCAUUUCCUUGGCAUGGUAGACAUCUGCUCCAUGAGAGAACAAAUUAUGACAGUAAGCACUGCUGUGAUGCUUUACAAUGCUGUUCAGCUGCAUGUGGCAUAGCUGCAUUUUUUUCCUGAGAUACACCACCUCAGUUGGUUAGGUGAUGUUCUUUGGGUUGCUUAUGUGUUUCUAUUGCCUUAGCUCCUUAUAUAAUGUUAUCUAUUGUUAGCAUUCAAUUUUUUUGCUUCUUAAUGACACCAAUAAUUUUUGACUAUAUUGGACUUCUUAUCUAUGUGAUUUUGCUUUACUUUAGAAUUAAAGUUGCGUUUUUUUUGGUAACUUUCUUGCCUCUGCUAAUUCUUACUUGUGCAGAACAAGACAGUAUCUGUGUUUGAGACAACUAUCAGAGUUCUUGGUGGUUUGCUAUCUGCUCACCUAAUUGCUAGUGAUUAUGCCACGGUAUGCUCAUUCUCUGUUGGUCAGGCAUUAAAAUGAGCUGCUCAAGUCCCUUUAUUUUUUUUCCUCCCCUGUUUGAAAAAGAACUGAUUAUCACCCUUCUCGUCCAUGGAUUCUUCACAACACUGAGAAGUGCAUAACGUGAUAAAAGUGAGGGGUAUGAUGCCAUUUGUGAAGCCCACUGGCCAUCACUUUCCAGAGUACGGUAGAUAAAGGAAAAUUGAGAUUUAAGAUUUCAAGGAAACAAGUGAUGGCUCAUUGGCUUACCCAUUAUGCUCUGAGGUGAGAGCUAUGUGAUUCAUAUUUUAAAAUCUAUCUUCAAAUUAUUUUAUGAAGGGAAUAACUAUUGAAUAUUUGACAAAGUAGAUAGAGUGCUUGUAUUAAAUUAAUAUCAAAAUCCUGAGAAUUGAUGUUUGCAUAAAAUCCAGAAAAUAAGCAACCCUUUUAGUACACAAAUUUUGUUGAGAAUAGAAGCUUUUUAGAGCUGAUAUGAUCUUAGCGAUAGUGUUUGAAUGUAUGUUGCAAUUGGAUACUGACAGGUAAGCACAUGACAUUAGACUAUGGAAACUGUUGCGUAGAGGAUAAAUUGAUGUUAAAAUUAACUGACUUGUUGGAUUACACAAUUUUAGAAGCCUUGAACUUGUCCUCCCUCCAAUUUUCUUUCUUUCCUCGUCAACUCAGUUCUAUUUUAGUUUUAUGAGCUUAAUCCUCGUGAUUAUUCAAAAAUAAGGGUAUGUAGUUGCAACUAUUCUUGUGACGCAAGAGGAAAAUUCAAAUGACACAUCAGCCAUAAUGUUUCAUGGGUUCUUGUAUCUGCAGCGAUUUAAGGGUCCCUAAUCUCUAAUAUGAUGUCAAAAGUUUUUUUUUGUGAUUAAUUCCUCUUGGAACUUUUCACAGAUACUUUUUACCAUUCUGCGCCUCUUAAAAAAUGAAUAAAAAACUGAUGCUUCUAUAGUCGGUGUUGAGUAAUAUCAUUGUGCACUACUAGCCUUCAUUGCAUCCAGAAUCUCGGUCUUUGGUAGAAUUGAGCGGAGUUUGAAUGGAAGUUGUUGGGGAUCGAAUGAGUUGUGGAAGAGCUUUCCAUGGGGGUAAGACGGUAUACCUUUUAAUGGAAAUAUAUAUGUUUUAACGUAGACUUUAUGGCACCAUUGUAUGAAUUUCUCAACGUGAUUCUUUUUACUGAUUUUUCUUAUAUAUAUAUACAUCUACUGCUCAAAAUUGAGUUAUUAUAGCAUUAGUGGCAUUAAAAAUGCCAUCCAUUUUCAGGGUAUGAGGGUUCAGAAUUAUGACGGUCAAUUGCUCCAUCUAGCUGAGGACCUAGCACAAAGACUGCUACCUGCAUUCGACACCCCUACAGGUGCUAUUUCAAAAUUCUCGAUUUGUUAUGAUUACAUGCAGGAACAGGAGGAAUGAAUGUAAAAUUUGUAAACAGCCUAAUGAUCUUUAUUUGGAUAUUGUGAUACCCUUAAGUCUUGGGAACUUUAUGCUUUCUUUAUUUGAAUAAUUAAAGAUUUAGUAAAAAUGAGGGCAAUGUUAGUGAGGACUGAAUCUUGACUUUUGUCUCCACGAAACAAACUUCAAAUGUCAGAAACACUUAGAUGUCAUUGCUUUGAACCAAACCAGAAGUAGGAUGAAGGAGCAGGAGGAGGCAUGAAUCCCUAGUUCUUGUAUCAUCUGGAUGACUUAUAACUUAUGAAGCUAUUCAAGGUCUUUCUGCACCUGUUGGAAGGUAGCAUCCAUCUUAACCGAUAGCACCAUAUGCAGUUGGUCAGAAGUAGCAUCACAGCUGCUGCUGUAGCUGCCCUCUUCUGUCAAUCAUGAGAAUUCAAAAGAACACUGACUUGGAAAAGGAUUCAGGAUCGGGGGGGUCAAGCUGCCAAGUUGUCAAGAGCAGUCUUGACUAGGAAAAAAAAAUUGGGAUAGGUAUGCCCAUUCAGUUUGAUCAGGGCCAAUUUGUGUCAAGUUGGAUUGAAGAGACUAGUUUUGAAUUGGUUAUCUGGAAGCUGUUUGCAGGGAGGUGAUGAAAAUAUAUGCUCAUAUACAGUGUCCACUGAUCUUGCAAUAUAUCCACCCAUGGCUGCCAAAAUAUUUAAGUGCACUUAUUUUUAUCUUUAGAUACAUUUCCAUCCACUAUCUGCGAAAGUUGUGCCUAGUGGAUAUAGAGAGGUCUCCUGUGCUGCGAUAUAGCGUUCUUUAAUGCCAUUUAAUGGGAUAAUGUUGCAGGUAUUCCGUUUGGAUCUGUCAAUCUGAUGCACGGAGUUGAUGAAAAUGAAAGCAAGGUAUCCUAUCUAAACGAUAAACGAAAAUCAGACUAUUGAGUGAUCUAAAAAGCAUUCCCUGUUAACCCAGAGUUGAUUUGGAGAUAUAUGUCACCGUGUCAUAUGAUAUCUGUCACUGUUAGCCACAAACCUGCUUCUUCAUUCAUCUUUCGACAAUCAGCACAUGGCUUUUUUAGGAUUCGACGAAUGAUAUAUGUACUUUGCAAUAGUUACACAUACUUCUGGUCUCAACUUUCACUCCAAUCUCUCUGUACUUGCUUCUUCCAAGCCUAAUGGUAAGACAAUCCCCCUUUACAAUGUGUUGUCUUCUUAUUCAUGAGAUGGUUGGAAAGAUAUCUGUAUAAAGCUGAUGUACAAGACAUACUAAACGUUUGAGUUUUCCAGCUACAAUCACCUUAGAACUUUUAUUAUAUGUUUUCUUAUAAUGGAUUUCUAUUUCCUAAUAUUUUAAUGUUUAUUCUUUGACUCGCUGUGCAAUGAAGUUUCAUAUGCUAUUGCUUUUCUUAAACUUUCGCUGAACCAUCCGUGGUAUGAUUUUAAAAUCAGCAGUUUCCUCCUAUUCUAUGUAGUAUUUAUGUUAGUGGGUAUGUGAAUAUUGGAAAUACUGUUCUCCGUAUUCCAGUGAAGGGCAUUUUCCCACAUUAUCCUUGUUGUUUUUGUUAUUAUCUUGGCUAGCCCAUUGGUUGAUGAAGAAGUAACCAAAAUGAGAAAUUGGCGUUAUGUUAAUUUCUCAUGUUUUCUUUCUUUUAGAGUGCCAAGGAAACUGGUUUGUUAUAGACCUCUGUUCAAAUUUUCUUCAUCUUUUCAUGUUUUUCGCUACUCAUUUCCGUGCAAGUAUUUGUGGGAUUAAUACUAGUACUCAUUUUUUUUCAUGUCUUUCGUUCUUUGCUAGAUGACAUCAACUGCUGGUGGUGGUACCUUGACUUUGGAAUUUGGGGUUCUGAGCCGCUUGACGAAUAAUCCUGGUGUGCUUUUCUUUCUCCCUAUUCUACCAGGUCAUCGUCUUUCUUUUCUAAGCCGCUUGACUUUGGAAAUGCUGGUGUGCAUUUCUAAGCCGCUUGACGAAUAAUCCCUAUGCUGGUGGUGGUACCUUGUCUUUCUUUUCUUAUAAAUUCUAUGAUCUUGAGGAACCUCAUUUCACCAGGUCAUCGUCUAUUCAUUAUGUCACAGUCUGUUCAAAUUUUAUCAUUGUUAGAUACCAAUGUGAUGGUUGCCCUGGUAGAAGCUAGUAACUAGUUUAGCUGGGUUUUGUACCCUGAAAGUACGCCUCUGGUAGCCUUCUCUGUCCUUGAAGACAUUAGUUAGUUCAACAUCAGAGGUAGUACUCUCUUUUCUUUUGGACGUUAGAGCCGUAGACACUCAUCGUCUAUUCAUUAUGUGCCAAACACUGCUCCACUCUAGUUUUAAGCUUGUGAUUUUUAGAAGAGUAUUAUAUGAUCUUCUCAUAUUUUUGACAUUUAUAAUUGAUUAUUUUCUAAGCUGAUAAUGAUACUGUAAUUUCAGUAUAUGAGGAGGUUGCAAAGAAAGCUGUGCAUGGAUUAUGGGCCAGGCGAUCAAGGCUUAACCUUGUUGGGGCUCACAUCAAUGUUUUUACCAGUCAAUGGACGCAGAGGGUUGUAUUCUGUCAUUCAAGUUUUCAGUAACAGUGAUUAUGUAAUGAGUGCAUCUACUUCAUGAAUAAGUAUAGUGAUUUACAUAGCUAGCAAGCUUUCCAAAAAAAUCCUAUAAUUAUCAUACUUAUUUCAAUUCUUAUGAACUUCAUGGCUUCAUCUUUAGACAGACUAUCGUAAGCACAUAUUUCUGAACUUGACAAAUGAAGCCUCUUAUGGCAGCUAUUUGCUUAUCUGGAAGUUCUAUAAUGUCUAUCUUUUCAUAUUAUUUACGAGCUUCUGCCGUUGAUUACCGAAUUUCCACCUAUGUUUGUCAGAUACAUUUUCUUGCAUAAUUAAAAUGACUGGCUAUGGCCUAUAUUUAUGUCCACCUGUGACAAUUCUAUUAAUGAUUCUGUUUCAAAUAAUGCCAAGAAACAACAUUGGCUUUAGAUACACAAUCAUAGACAUUAUUCCCCGGAGAGAGUAUUGGAUGCGAGUCCUGAAUAAAACAUAUUUUUGAUUUCCACUUUCAUUUUCUUAUUGCCUUGGAAGAGUAAUCGGUUUCUUUAAUCCAGUAUUAACUUCUGUGAUUCUCCCGCAGAAUGAAAAUUGCCUUCAGAUCAAUUAAUAGAGGUUCGAGCAGCUUUUGUGAAAACUCAAUCAUUUCCUGAAAAACUAUCUUUGAAUAUUAGCAGAUGCCAUUAUUGGCCCAAUGAUCUUCCCAGUUUUGUAAAAUAACUCAGAAACAAAGUUGCUGAUGGUCACAAAAUGUUAGUGUUUUUGUAGCUCGUCCUGUAAUGGAAUAUAUUUAUUUCCAUCAAACGUUCUCGUAUUUUUCGAAGUGUCUUGUCUUGUUGUUCGUAAUGUAUUAUUAUCUUAUAAUAACAGCACAAAAUUUGAUUUAUUUAAACCUCGGUGUUUCAGAUCACAGCACGAAAUUCUUACUCUAAUAUUAGAUGGAUUAAAUGUACUAUGUAAUUCUAGUGGUGACAUGAACUUAUCGUUUUUGCUAGACCAUGAAAAAAAUCACAAUUUGAUCUCCUAAACUAGUGUUAGUUUGUCCAAUCGCUUUGAUUAGACUUAUCAUUGGAAUGUAAUUGACUUAUUUUUGUAUAGCAUGCAUUAAUGCAGAAUAAUCCAAAUCAUCAAGUAUCUGAAGCCUGCAAGUUUUCCUGCCAUUUCUUCCUGAAAUAAAACUUCUAUAGUCACUUUUUUUAAUUAUCAUGCUGCUUUGGUUGUUACAGGAUGCUGGGAUAGGGACAAGCAUCGAUUCCUUUUAUGAGUAUCUCCUGAAGGUGAGCUCUUAUGUUUUACGCUUGGAUGAACCCAGUUCAUUGUAAAAGUUUUCUCUAUACGAUUUCAUAAAAAAUGAAACAAAUUGAGUGUAUCAGGAAAACUGUGGUGUCCAUAGUUUUUUUCUUUUCAUUAAAAUAGCUUCAUUUAGUUCAGCAUUUGUUUGGAAAAAAUAUCUCAUUGUAGCAUAGAAAAAGGGAUAAAAAAGCUUGGUGACCACUCUGAGAUUGUCAGUUCUGAUCGCCAACAGAUUAAUUAUUUAUUAAAAGAAGGUACAUGAGUUAUCUACGAAGCUACUAAAGGACUUGUGGUGCUAAAGUAAAUCUCAUUGUUUCAGGGAGGAAACUUUGGUUCAGUAUUCAUUUGACAAAUAUAAACAAUUUAUUUCAUAUCUUAGGCAUGGUGGUACAAUUUAUUACUAUAGAGUGCAGUGGGCAUCCAUGAUAGACCGGUGGAUUGUAAGUAAUAAUGAUAUCAAAUAGAAACUUGAGUUAUUUUCCAGAUAUGAUAUCGUAUUUGGAACUUGCUUUGAAGUUCAAAGUUAUACUUUUUUGGUUGUAGGAGAUGAGAUUCCGACAUAUUUGGGGUGUUAAUGAGGGAAAUUACUAGGAAUCGUUUGAGAAGAUAUUCUAGUUAUGAGCCACGUGAACUUGGAAUAGUGUGCAUUGUGACUCACCUUGUUGAUAUCUUGGUAGUAUUGUUCAAAACAGUUCUAUUUGGUUGCCUACUUUGUUUUCACUGCUUUAGUGCCCCCAUAGUCUCAUGUAGGCAGACUUCUUUAAUCAGCUUGAUUGCUGCCGCUUGUGAUACUGAUAAUAUUGUUAUUGAUUAAAUUAUUGUUACUUAUUGAAUAUAUAAUAAGAAUUUUACAUGGUGCCUGUGUCAAAAUAGCAAAAAUCUAGACAACCAUACAGUUUAGGUAAAAUUACAUAAAUAUGUAUUUACGUUUUUUCAGCAAACUGUCAUUAGCAGUAAAUUGCAGCCUCAGGUCUCUACUAUCUCUUCUACCGUGCAAUUAUUCCUUUAAUUUUUGAAUGUGUGAUAGAGAAACAUGAACUUGAAGGCUAUUUUGUGAUUUUUCUCCUUCAAUUUCGUUCUCAUUUUAAGUUAUCAAUAUCCCGUCUCCUUUCUAAAGUUGUGUUACUUUAAGGCAGGCCUAUUUAUUGUUUGGAGAUGAGGAGUAUCUCUUCAUGUUCCAGGAAGCUUACAAAAGUGUUAUGCACUUUCUUCACCUGGAUCCAUGGUAAAUUCUGUAACUGAUCUUUUUUGAUUCCAUGACUUCUUUUCCCUCCCAGCAUACUCUUUAUUUCGUAAGUUGGCAAAAUAUCCAUUCACUCUUCAGGUACGUGGAAGUGAACAUGGAUUCAGCUGUUACCGUCUGGCCACUUUUUAAUAGUCUGCAGGCCUUCUGGCCUGGUCUUCAGGUUUUUGUUAUCUUUUGCCUUUUAACUCCUUCAGGUCAUGCAAUUAUAUGCUGAUCGACUAAUGAUGCCAUGGUUGAAAGGUUUUAGCGGGGGAUAUUGGUCCUGCUAUCCGAACUCAUGCUGCCUUCUUCAGUGUCUGGAGAAAAUAUGGCUUCACACCCGAGGGCUUUAAUCUUGCGACAUUCAAUGUUCAGGUUUCUUGUUCCCAAACCAGGAGUUUUUUUAUUUUGUCAUAUUGUAUGUUUUCAUCUGUCUGAAUUUAUGAAAAUGUUUACUUCAGUUUGGACAGAGGAGCUACCCGCUGCGCCCAGAAUUGGCAGAGAGCACUUAUUGGUUGUUCAAAGCAACAAGAGAUCCUUGGUUAGCACCUUAUCUUUAUAAUGCAAAUGUUUUAUGGUGUUCAUUUUUCUACAGAAGAAAGUUCUUUGUGAAAUUUGCUGUCUUAGGAAUGCUUAAGUCCCAUUCUGUAGGUAAACUGGCAUGCACUCUUUCUUUAGGGCCAUCUUUCACCUAUUUGAGAACACCUCUUCCUUCCAGAAUCAAGUUUAGUCAAGAUACCGUUCCAAAUUUUGAUUCUGAUUGACCCGUGUAGCUAAAGCAAGUCUAGAAUCGAUGUUAUGCCCCAUAAUAUUUAAUUGGAAAUUCCACUGGAUUUCAACAAAUUCUAAUUCUGUCCCUGAAAAGUUUUUUCAGUCUUCUAAAGGUUCCACUGAAUAUUCCUGCUCAUAAUUGAUCCUUCCAUUCAAAUUAUCUGUUGUUGCUUGUUUGCGCAUAAAAAUGUACCUCCUAUCAAAAAGAGGCAAUGAUCUGGCGUGAGAUUGAAGCUACCUCCUGCCUAAUUUAUUUGGAAUGUUACACGGGUAAUUGCUUCUUCCUCUUAGAAAAGCCAUGUCCUUGAUAUCUCUGGAUUCAAAAUAGCCUCUGUUGUCUCCAUGUUUUUACUUCGACACUUUGAACACUUGAUUCCUGAGGUGAUUGGAAUGACUUUAUUCAUUCAAUUCUGUCAUAUCUUUUAUCCGAUUCUCAUGUGUCCCUAGAUUUUCUUGACUCAAUCAAGCUCUCUUCCUUGAGACCUCUAAUUUCGUGGUUUUUAACAGCCUGUUGUUUUUGUCUACAAAGGUCCAAAGUGCAUGACCUUGUGGGUCUGUGCUCUUGGUAUACGUUGAGGCAUCUCGACACAUUCUGUGUUUCUCCAUCUAAUAACCUCUUAAGACACUAAAGACAUUUGUGCUUUAGAUUGGAAUAUUCAUCACGUACAGGGUUACCCAUUCGCUUUUCUACCAAUCCUAUUUCUCUGGUCAUAACCAGAAACCUGGGAGUUAUAGUUGACAAUCUUCAGCUAAGUCAAGGUUUAGAACCUUAAGGUGCUGUCUUGUGAUUAUUUCUGCCCAUAAUGGUAACUGUACUGUGACUAUUUCUUGCGUCUACUGCAUGACACAACAUAAGAAAAUUAAGAUCAUCGGUAGCAAAGGAUUUUAAUUGUAUAAAAUCAUGACACAAACUGUCUGAAAGGGAAGACUGGCGUUUUGCAAUAGUCUUGCUCUUGAUAUUCACCUGUCAAAGGAGUCAAAGCACUUAUCAUCCGUGCAUAUUGUGCAUAUUGUAAUUUUCUCAUGAUGUUUUUCUUUUUGCAGGUAUCUUGAUGUUGGGCGUGAUAUCGUUUCUAGCUUGCAAUAUGGUGCUCGGUGCCCUUGUGGCUACUGCCAUAUAGCAGAUGUAGAGUCUCAUGCGAAGGAGGAUCGUAUGGAAAGUUUUUUUCUUGCAGAAACCGUAUGCCUUUAUCCUUUUCUUCCAUCAAUCGACCUGUUAAAUGUCUACGGUUCUGAUACUAGCGGGUCCACAUAGGAGAAAAGUUUUGAUGUGCUCCUUUUUAGUUGAAUGUUCAAAUAAAAUUCUAUUUGAAAUCGUAAUGCUAUUCGCAUCCUCCUGUUCUAGUUUAACCUCAGUCUUACAAUACUCAUGUAUUGUCUUUGAUUUUUCAUAUGUAUUCAAUUACUUGUUUUUUCAGUGCAAGUAAUGAAAGAACAUUUCAGGUCAAAUAUCUCUGGUUACUCUUUGAUUUGGCAGUCGGUCCCAACAACAUUGUCGAGAAUGGACCAUAUAAGUAUGGGCACAUCAUCCUCUUUGUUAUUUAUAUUUCUGGUUGCGAUGCGAUUAACCUUUACUGUCUCUGUUCUAUCAAAAUCCCAUGCAGGUAUAUCUUCAGUACAGAAGGCCACUUGCUCCCUGCUUCUCCUGAAAUAUCUCUAGUGAAUGAACGCUGCUCUUACUUAGGAGCAUUAUGCUGGGACACUGGAAAGAAGAAGCAUGACAUGCCUUCUAGUCAUCAAGAAAUAAAUAAUUCCAGAUUCCACGAUCAGGCUUACAGUGGUUCCCAUGCCAGAUAUCUCAACAAGCCGAGUUUUGAUUCUCAUAUGAAAUCAAGAGAGUCUCAUUCGGCUUCAGGUUUUAUUAAGGCAAGUACUCUGAGACACCUGUGAUCUUUGGUUUUAACACGAUGCCGACAUUAGAUAGUCUUGAUCUCUCUCCCGUCUUGGGAACCAAAAACUUGCCUCGUUGGCACUUUUCCUUUGGAUCUUUUGUGGAGGAAAUUUAUCCGUUAGUGCUGAAGCUUAACAGUUCUUGAGUGGUGUAAACUCGUAUUGGUUGAUCAUAUUUCUUUAAACCUCAACAGAAUUUUUCCAUAAAAAGUUCAUGAAAUGUUUUUUUGGUAAGUUUCACUGUGCACGUUUAUCCCGUUCCCUACAAAUGUUUAAUGGGGUGGUUUUGCAAUUUUUAGGCGUAUAAAUAAAUAACUUAUCGGACAAUGCCAUCAUGUGUAAGUCGUUUUUUGCAGAGUUUUGUAAAAAUACAAGGACCAAUGCAGAGUAGAAGGCAGUUAGUAGUGGUGAUAAGAGACAGAUUGUGGCAUUGAGAGAUGGAGGAGGUUUCUUAUUUGCUCCCAAGAGACUGCUUUCUUUCUUGUUCUUCCCCAUUUGAAUGAUGCCCAGAGUCUCUUUUUCCUUUUUUAUCUUCUCUUUCUACUCUAAUUUCCUUCCAAGUUUAUUUUUGAAGGAAUUGAAUUUCUCUUUCUUGGGUUUUUUCCGGUUUUAUUUGGUGUGGUUUGCUGAGAGUGAUCCAUCAAUUAGACAUUGCCAAAGAGGAUGUACUCUUAAAAUACUAUUUGAAGGCUGAUUUUGAUCCAAGGUAGCCUGUCAUGGUUAAGUUGUGAUCUCAUAUGAUUUCUAAUCUGCCUCAAGUUAAGAUAGUAUUCUACAGCUUUUCGUUGGGAUCAUCUGAAAUAAUCCGUCGUCCUCUUUUUCAUUAUGGCAGGGCUCUUGCUCAGGGCUGGAUCAUGGCCAGAAGUUUGGCAUAUCAUAUAAGCCUGAAGCAGAAAGAACCCAUGAAAGUCAGGGUGAGAGUCAGCAAGAGAAUGACCUCCCCCAGAGACACUCCGUGGUCUUGGUUUCUGAUUUAAAUGUUAAGCAUGCAGUUGAUUAUGUUAAUGAUGACAUCAAAUCUGGGUCACAUCGAGGUAUCCAAAGCAUGGCUCAGAUUACAGAAAACGAAGAUUCUGAAGAAUAA